CAAAGAGCAGGAUAGUUGCUGUCAUUCUUCUUCUGUCUCUUUCCAUUCUCGCCGGGUUUUGGUUUCGCGAUCUGCCGAGCUGAGUUCUGUAAGUGGGUUUCCUUCAUAGUUGCUUCUUCUUCUUCUUUUUCAAGAGGAAAGACCCUUAAAGACAAGAGGGAAAGAAAAAUGGGGAAGGACAUCAGAUACUUCGAGCUGAACACCGGAGCGAAAAUCCCUUCGGUUGGACUGGGGACAUGGCAGGCUGAUCCUGGGCUCGUGGGCAAUGCCGUAGAGAUUGCUAUCAAGCAUGGAUACCGGCAUAUCGAUUGUGCGAGGCUUUACGGAAAUGAAGCAGAGAUUGGAGUUGCUUUGAAGAAAUUGUUUGAAGAUGGUGUGGUUAAAUGGGAGGAUUUGUUCAUUACCUCCAAACUCUGGAAUUCUGAUCAUGCACCAGAGGAUGUGCCGCUGGCUUUCGAAAGAACUUUACAGGACUUGCAGCUUGACUAUGUAGAUUUAUACCUGAUUCACUGGCCAGUACGGAUAAAGAAGGGAUCUAAGGAAUUCGAGCAACCUGACAUACCGAGCACAUGGAGGGCGAUGGAAGCGCUAUAUGAUUCUGGCAAGGCACGGGCCAUCGGAGUCAGCAAUUUCUCCACCAAGAAGUUGGCGGAUCUGUUGGAGAUCGCGCGAGUGCUUCCGGCCGUCAAUCAGGUGGAAUGUCAUCCUAUGUGGCAGCAGAAGAAGCUGCGCGAAUUUUGCAAAUCCAAAGGCGUUCACCUCUCUGGUUACUCUCCACUGGGAUCUCCAGGCACACCAUGGCUCAAGAGCGACAUCCUGAAGCACCCGGUGCUGACCACGGUUGCGGAAAAGUUGGGAAAGACGCCUGCGCAGGUUGCUCUGAGGUGGGGUCUUCAGAUGGGUCAUAGCGUGCUCCCGAAAAGCACUAACGAGAAACGAAUCAAAGAGAACUUCGACGUCUUCGACUGGUCUAUCCCGGACGACUUGCUUGCCAAGUUUUCCGAGAUCCCGCAGGCGAGGCUAAUUAGAGGAGCCGAUUUUGUCCAUGAGACUAGGAGUCCAUACAAGACUCUUGAGGAGCUAUGGGAUGGCGAGAUCUAGGCAUGGAAAAACAGAGGAUUUAAGCAGAGAGGAGGAGGGACAAGUUGAUCAUCUCUGAGAUUAUUCAAAUAAAUCGCAGUUUGUGUACGAGUUUUGUAUUGCGGGCUCUAUAAUAACUAGGGUGACAUUGGUGGUGGGGGCAGAUUUGUGUUGGUUUGCAGUUAAAUUUUCAUUGGAAAAUUUCCCGAACUACAAUUUAGUAGAUCUCA